UAACUAAAGCUCAGAGUGAAACACCAGGAGCAUUUCCAAGUGAAUAAAAAAGAUCACUGAAACGAUAAGCCUAAUUAAGUGCAGGAGGAAAGGAGUGGAAAGCAAAGCAAAGCAAGGCUUCAUCUUCACCACCAUGUGGCCGAUCAGGUGAUGACAACGACGACGACGGCGAGAAGCGGAUCACCAUGAGAAGCUUCUGUCUGCCAUGCUCCCAUGGAAAAGAGAGAGCUAAAGAAUCAUCAAAAGGAAGAAGGGUACAUAAAGAGACCAGUCAGAGUUCAGAUGAAUCUGAUUCUGCAGAUAUCAAAAGCAAGGCAGAAUUCCAGCUACAAAUUGGGCCCCAUUCUGAGGAGUUUCAUAUCAUAUCAUCUCCUCACUUGCAAUUGCACUUGCAGCUCAGAUGAUUUCUGCACGAGCACAAAAUAUUUAGCCAUCUAGCAGUAGUAGAGAACUAGUGUACGUGUGUUGCUCCAUUGAAGCUGACCUUGAGAUCAGGAGAGCUUCCAUCCAUGGUGAACCGCGCGCAUUUCGUCAUCCUCGUCCUCGCCUACCGCCUCCUGGUACCUCUCUCAGCCGAGCCAGACCAGACCAGAGAGUCGUAUGUCGUCUACCUGGGCGGCGGCGGCGGCGGUGGCGCGGUGGAGGAGGAGGCGGCGGUGCGGGCGAGGCACGUGGAGAUGCUGACGUCCGUCGCGCCGGCCGGCGAGGAGCAGGGGGAGGUGGCGGCGCUGACGCAUAGCUACCGCCACGCGUUCGAGGGCUUCGCCGCCGAGCUCACCGAGGCAGAGGCCGUCGCGCUGUCCGGGCACGAGAGGGUUGUGUCCGUGUUCAGAGACCGCGCGCUGGAGCUGCACACGACGCGGUCGUGGGACUUCCUCGACGUGCAGUCCGGCCUCCGCUCCGACCGCCUCGGCCGCCGCGCCUCCGGCGACGUCAUCGUCGGCAUCGUCGACACCGGCGUGUGGCCGGAGUCGGCGAGCUUCAGCGACGCCGGGAUGGGGGAGGUGCCAGCGCGGUGGCGCGGCGUGUGCAUGGAAGGCCCUGACUUCAAGAAGAGCGACUGCAACAAGAAGCUCAUCGGCGCGCGGUACUACGGCGGCCAGCCCGGCUCGGUGGCGAGGGCGUCGAACACGUCGUCGCUCGGCAUCGGCGGGACGGCGACGGGGGGCUCGCCGCGGGACGCCGUCGGGCACGGCACGCACACCGCGUCGACGGCGGCCGGCGCGGUGGUGGCGGCCGCCGACUACUACGGCCUCGCCAAGGGCGCGGCGAAGGGCGGCGCGCCGGCGAGCCGGCUGGCCGUGUACAAGGCGUGCUCGCUGGGCGGGUGCGCGAGCUCGGCGGUGCUCAAGGCCAUCGACGACGCGGUGGGCGACGGCGUGGACGUGGUGUCCAUCUCCAUCGGCAUGAGCUCCGCCUUCCAGUCCGACUUCCUCACCGACCCCAUCGCGCUCGGCGCCUUCCACGCCCACCAGAAGGGCGUCCUCGUCGUCUGCUCCGGCGGCAACGACGGGCCCAACCCCUACACCGUCGUCAACUCCGCCCCCUGGAUCCUCACCGUCGCCGCCUCCAGCAUCGACCGCUCCUUCCAGUCCAGCAUCGUCCUCGGCAACGGCACCAUCAUCAAGGGAGUGGCCAUCAACUUCUCCAACCAGAGCAUCACCGGAGGGCAGUACCCUCUCGUCUUCGGGCCACAGGUGGCCGGCCGGUACACGCCGGUGUCGGAGGCAAGCAACUGCUACCCCGGGUCGCUGGACGCGCAGAAGGCGGCGGGGAAGAUCGUGGUGUGCGUGGGCACGGACCCGAUGGUGUCGCGGCGGGUGAAGAAGCUGGUCGCCGAGAGCGCCGGCGCGAGGGGCCUGGUCCUCAUCGACGACGCCGAGAAGGCCAACCCGUUCGUCGCCGGCGGCUUCCCGUUCUCCCAGGUCGGCACCGACGCCGGCGCGCAGAUCCUCGAGUACAUCAACGCCACCAAGAAUCCGACGGCUGUGAUCCUCCCGACCGAGGACGCCAAGGAGGUCAAGCCGGCGCCGGUGGUGGCCAGCUUCUCGGCGCGCGGCCCCGGCGGCCUCACCGAGGCCAUCCUUAAGCCUGAUCUGAUGGCGCCGGGGGUGAGCAUCCUCGCCGCGACGAUACCCACCGUGGACAAGGACGAUGUGCCCGCCGGCAAGAAGCCGUCGCCGUUCGCCAUCAAGUCCGGCACCUCGAUGGCCUGCCCGCACGUCGCCGGCGCCGCCGCCUUCGUCAAGUCGGCCCACCCGGGCUGGUCGCCGUCCAUGAUCCGAUCAGCUCUCAUGACCACAGCGACGACGAGGAACAACCUCGGGCAGCCGGUGGCGAGCAGCACGGGCGCCGCGGCGACGGGGCACGACAUGGGCGCCGGGGAGAUCAGCCCGCUGCGGGCGCUCAGCCCCGGCCUGGUGUUCGACACCACCGCGCGCGACUACCUCAACUUCCUCUGCUACUACGGCUACAAGGAGCAGCUCGUCCGCAAGAUCUCGGGCGCCGCCGGCGCCGGCUUCGCCUGCCCGCGCGGCGCGCCGUCGCCGGACCUGAUCGCGGCGGGCGUCAACUACCCGUCCAUCUCCGUGCCGCGUCUCCUCGCCGGGAAGGCGGUCACCGUGUCGCGCACCGCCAUGAACGUGGGCCCGCCGAACGCGACGUACGCCGCGGCCGUCGAGGCGCCGCCGGGCCUGACGGUGAAGGUGUCGCCGGACCGGCUGGUGUUCUCGAGGAGGUGGACGACGGCGGCGUACCAGGUGAGCUUCGCGAGCGGCGGCGCCGGGCCGAGCAAGGGGUACGUGCACGGCGCCGUCACCUGGUCCGACGGCGCGCACUCCGUCCGGACACCGUUCGCGGUUAAUGUCGUCUGAUUGGUGCUGAUUUUUUUUUUGGUUUGUUUUGUUUUUCUUCUUUCUUUUCCAUUUCUUUUGGCUGCAUUAAUUCCUUUUUUUUAGAGUAACCUUGGUUUUGUGCGUGCGUGUUUAAGGUCAGCCUUGAGUCUUGACACUUCAAGUAUUCCAUUUGUAUGUGCGAAGGAAGCGCAAUAUGUGUUGACAUGGAAUAAUUCACAUUUUGAGCAUUUACAAAAAUUCAA